GAUUUCACAUCUGUAGCCUUACUCUCCGAGUGGUGGCGCGUAAACGACGUUCUCCAUAGAUCUGUAUUGGUUAAUGUAUGUGCCAUCUCUGAAUAUUAAGUCGCCAUUAGAUCGCACCUAGACCCCGGAGAGUGGAGCAUUGGUACACCGCGACUCCAACUGGAAGCUUCUCUGGGCUGCACCAGAAAACCCCCGUACAGUUCCCUCGCCAGGUCUCCCCGGGAUCCGUGUUUUGCAUCGCUCCUCAAUUUGCAUUUCUUCCUCAGAUUUUCCGUGCGACCGGUUCAGCCGCUCGAAUCCAGCGGGCGCUCCACGGCUCUAUUGUACGUGCGCCUCCAUUUCCAAAGCAAUACGCGCGGAGAAAAAAAAAACCUCUGGAAAUUUUGAAUAACGUUGCCGAAGCUCCACGAGUGGGGAAAUUGAGGACAUUUUGAUUUAGCCUAGGCUACUGUCAUUUCUGUUGCGUACCUGCGGAGACAGACACGUGUCUUCGGGGUAAACACAAAGGGCUAGAUCGUGUCUGCAGAUAGCAUUAUUUUUCUUCACUCCUUUUGCUUGUUAUAGACGACCGAGUUCACGCUUGGCGACGAGCUAUACAUUUUAGUUUGUGCGCCUUGGUGAUAAAGACGCAUUUGGAGAUGUCGGAAGUGCUGCCUUUCAACGAAGAAAAUAUGAGUCAUUAUGGAAAUGAGGGCGACGAGGGACACCUUUCCUUCACCUGUCGUCUUCAAGACACCAACAACUUCUUCAAUGGAUCACAGAACAAACGUCCGCCGAAACUCGGACAAAUAGGCAGGAGCAAACGGGUUGUGAUUGAGGAUGAGAAUGGCGACAAUGAAGCACUGAAAAAUGGAACAGAGAAGACCCCGGCAGAGGCUUAGAGCGCUCAGCUCAACACCCCCCAAAAGACACUCUUGAAAUUUUGUAUGGCGAUAUUUACCAGGUUUAAUCCAAAGACACUGUAUAUAAGCACUUUCUCUCUUGUGGCAGCAAGCAGCACUUCCACGCCCUCCUCUCCCAGUCAGUCACGGCCAUCCGGGUGACACACACUGGCAGAGGCGGGAGAUGGCAGCGAAGGAGACCCCCAGGUGGACCCCCCCUCCCCCCGACAUACACACACGGACACACACACACACACACACUCACACAAACACACCCUCGAUUGCAGGGUUUCGCCAUAAAUCCAAAAGUGGGAGAAAACAACAAGAGGGGGGUAAUAAGGUGGAGGGAGGAGGGGAUGCUGUCGAAAUGCAGAAAUCAGGGACAGGAUACAGAAAUGAAUCUAAUAUAAAAACUAAAGCACACACUUCUCCUAUAUCUUAUCAAUCAAACAAAUGGUACCAUUAUUUCUGCUCUUCAUUUUGAUCGAGGGCAAAUGAAUAACAGAGUUUGUAAAUAUGGAAAGGGUAGCCCAUAUUUUCUUGCACAAAGUGGAAAGCGGUAAACUGGUUUGUUCUGUGUUGAAGACUUUAUUUAUUGAUCCUUUGGAAUAUGUCUUUUGCAGUGACUUAAAGCCAGAGGGAGUGGUCUUUUGUAUGUCGAGAAAACUUGAGUGAAUGGGAGUGACAUUUUUUUUCACUUAACAAUUCUUGAUGUUGCCUGGGUGUUUUUUGUUAACAUACUUUGCAGCUAACGAGUCAUUUAUAUACAGUGUCCCCCAACUGUUUGUAAGCUUCCCAGGCGUUUACCUGGAUUGGUUGAUACUGUAACUUGACUGUGUACACACCCUAUUGAUAAACUAUUUAUAUUGCAUUGUGCAUUAUCGUGUGUGCCAAAUCUCAUGAGGAAUUAUACUGUACCAGACAACUUGUUCGUUUUUUGUGCUUUAUACAUUUAGUCAUACAAUUCAGUUGUUUUGUUGGGUCGCCAUUUUUUAGGGCUCUUUCUUAAAACACUGAGAUACCAACUCAUGCAUGGCAAAUAUGAAAUCAUGCAUGCACGGCAGAAGUUCUGAAACUCUUGUGUAUUCUUGAAGCACCUCGUAUACAGCUUUGAAUGACAAACCUCAAGAAACAGUCUUAAUUCUGCAUUGUACUGUAUGAUUCACACUGAUUUGUACAGUGGCCUAAUAUCUUGUAAUAAAGAUUAUGACAAAGUACUA